GCUCCCCUCAACGGAGGAGGAUCGGAGGUCGCUUCAUCCGGUUUGGCCAUGGCGCCGUCGUCGUCGGUGGAGGACGCCGACGCCCUCGACUGCGGCGUCUGCUUCCUCCCAUUGAAGUCCCCCAUCUUCCAGUGUGAAGUGGGCCACGUCGUGUGCUCGCCGUGCCGCGACAAGCUCAAGGCCACGGGCAAGUGCCACCAUGUGUGUGGCGUCGCCACCGGCAGCUACCGCCUUGUGCCAUGCCAUGGAGCGACUGGUGGAGUCCAUCCGCGUCCCAUGCCCGCACGCCGCCCAUGGCUGCACCGCGAGGCCGGCCUACCAUGAUCGAGAAGGCCACCGCUCGGCGUGCCCGCACGCGCCAUGCCACUACCCUGGUGAGGCAUGCAGCUUUCUUGGCUCGACUAGCGCGCUCCUGGACCACAUCAGCGAGGUGCACAGCUGGCCGUGCAUCACCAACCUCGAGGCCGACAAGUACGGCGAAUUUGCUGUCCACCUCCGUGACGGCUUCGACUUCCUCCUUGCUGAUUGCCCCACAGCCAACAUGAAGCAAGGCGCCACCGCUACCGUUCAGUGCCUGCUCCUGCUGACUGUGGCACGGCAACCGGUUGGCCGCACCAUCUCUGUGCUCUGCAUUGACCCUCAUGCCGCCGCCGCCGCCAAUGGUGGUGAUGGACCAGCGGCCUCAAAGCAAAUGGAAUGCAGGCUUACAUAUUAGCGGCCCUGGGACUUCAACGACAACAAUCAUCAUGGAGGUCAUCAGGUAUGGGACCAUUACCAGCAAUCCAAAUUCAGAGUAGCAUGCACGGACCUCUCCGAUGGGAUGCCUAACCCCGAUGGCUGCUUCCAGUUUGUCCUGACAAACUCAUUUAUUGGAGCCUAUGACAGGGAUGGUAUCGAGGUCAGAGUUCGUAUUUAUAAGUACACCGGCCGGUGUGUGUAGUGAUGUAAACUAGAACCUGCUCUGUUUGUCCAUGUCACCGGCUCACAGCUCAUCACUGGUUUAGCAGUUUAUGGACGUGCCUGCUAUGCUAGGGUCGAACAAACUGCAAAUGGCAAAGCGUAGUAGUAUGUGUUUUGUUGCUCUGAAUUAAGCAUCUCUGUUUGCGACACGGUAUAUAUGUGAAUGUCAGACUUUUAGUGUGUA